GCAUUUAUAACAUAACUGUACCACUAGUAGAUUGUGCUACGUAACUCAGAAUGGAACACUACCUCCAAUAUACGAUAUUAUUUAUAAGUGUUUUAAAGAUAACAAGUUUACCUACCCAAAAUGGGUGUGCCCCACUGGAAGUACAGGAAAAUCGAGAGAAUGUCUCAAUUGAAGUACCUUUUCCUUCGGUGUUCAACAACAUAGCACCUAUGUUGAGAAUAUUACAGUCACCUCAGUAUAUUACACACGUGGGAGCUAAGGAAAUCUUGAAGGUUUUUCAAAGAGCAAAAGAGAAAAAAAGGGAAUUUGAAGCAGCAGGUGGAAAGAAGAAUUAUCCGUUGAUAGUAUUGGAAGGUUUGGCGGGUUCAGGUAAAACUACGCUGGUGAGAAGCCUAGCAAAAAAAAUCAAUGGAGUUCAAAGUCAUUCUCCGUCGUCUUCAGCUCAAAAAUUGAGGAGAUUAUUCUUGAAUGACACUGUAAUGGACAAUUUAUAUCAUUACUUUUCUCAUUAUAUAACGGGUCUAGAAGUCAGCUUAUGGUUAAAAGAUUCCCCAGUAAUACUCGACAGAUUUUGGCAUUCAUCUUCUACUUAUUCUAUCGCACGAGCAGCUUAUAAUACUCAAGGAAUAUACACUUUACCCCCAAGAGGUGAUAAAAUCUACAACUGGCCAGAUGAUCUUCUCAAACCUGACGCGGUGCUUUUUCUUGACGUGGAUGAAACUAGCCGAGUACAAAGAAUUAAUCUUAGACUUCAAGACAAUCUGAAGAAAGGAAGUGAGAAAGAGGAAUUAAUCUUGGGAAAAAAUGAAUUGUUGUUACAAAUUUGUCCAGACUACAGAAAUAACAUAAUUUUGGCUUAUAAAAACAUGGACAGACCAGCAGUGACGUUCCUAAACGCUAGUUUAUCAGUAGAAGAUGUUCUAGAUGAAGCUUAUUCAAAAGUGAAACCUUUACUAGGAUCUAGUUAUCAAGUCUCCUAAUACAAAAAAUAUUUACUAUAUACUAUUAAAAAGUAUGAAGCUAUAUUAGAUUUUUUUCUAUUUCUAUGAAACAAAAUUGAAUAUUGAUAUCUUCCUAUCAAUUUACAGUUCAAUUAUCACUUGAAAGUAAUACUAAAAUUAUUUUGAAAUCGCUAACUUCCUUGUAACUAUUUAAAAUGAAUAUAAAGCAGGAAUUCACGUCGUUAUUUGAAAACUUUUGAAUUUGUUGAUUUGGAUAUAUUAAUCCAAAUAUGUUUGAGUUAUAUGUAGCUAAUUACUGGUUGCUACGGACAGCAAGACUUCUUACAAAAAUAAAACUAUUUUAAAUCAUUGAAUACUCAAAUAAACGUAAAUGAUUCCUCAUUUCAAAAUCUAGAAAAAGAGAAUGCAAUGUAUUCAGCUUUUAAUUAUAAUUUCAGAUUCCAAGGAGAAUAUAGCUAAUUAGCCUCUAUAUUUCAUUUUUGGACAUAUGUCUCUCCCAUCAAAUUUCUAUCUUCUCUGUUUUUCGCGGUAUCUACCAUCUAGAUCCUGCGUGUACCUUCAAGUCGUUCACCUCUCAUCUUCCUUGCAACCUAGCCUAAAUUAUCAAAGAUGUUUCCAUAGCACUCAGAAUAUUAAGGUUUCGCCUUAGUUCAAAUAUUCAAUGUCAAGUGUGAAUGGAACUUCAGUUGUUGACAAUAUAUUGUUUUACGUUACUCAUCAUGGUUUGCCCUAUAAAAUAACAGCUGAUUGUGGUUCAGAGUUCAAUAACGACCUGCAAGAUUUUUGCGAACUAUAUAGAAUUGAAUUACAUUAUACAACAUCAAAAAAUAGUAACUCCAAUUCACCUGCAGAACAUUGUCAUUCUAGUCUAAUUGACCAUUUCAGAUGUAUAAAAGAAAAUAAUAAAAAUUAAACACCUAACCAGUUAAUAAAACAUUCAAUAUUAGCUUAUAACAAUUCAAUUCACUGUGUAACACAAUUCACACCUUUUGAAAUUAUAAAGGUCAUAUAAAUAAUCCCGAUCCAUUUGAUUUAGAUGAUCAUCUAAUAAUAUCCAACUAUAUACAAAAUCACAAACAAACCUCCAAAUUAUUAUAUGAAAAAAUUAAGGAUAGAAAUGCUAAUAUUAAAGAAAAAAUAAUAAAUAAGCGAAACGAACAUAGAAAUGAUCCCCCUUCCUAUGAAAAACAAAACAAAGCUUAUAUAAAAACAAAAUUUAGAGACCAAAAAUUAGCAAAAUUCAAAAAAGUAUGAAUUAUAAAAGAUUCUGGAAUAUUGUUAGAGACUGAUAGAGGAAUCUAUAAUAAUAACAUAUUCAGAAAUUCAAAAACUAAAACUAAAACAGAAAAAUUGUUACAGAAUAAUGAAGCUGAUGACAGUAUUAAUAAUACUACUUACUUACAAGACGACUAAGACAGAAGACAUAGAAAUUACAAAAAUGAAUAACUUACUAUUACCUAUUAAUUUAGGA